AUGAAGCGGCUGAGCGAGCGAGACUCGAGCCCGAGCGGGCGCGGCUCGUCAUCGUCGGCCAAACGACCGCGGGAGCGCGAGCGAGAAGCGGAGGCGGGCGGGCGGCGGGCGGCGCACAAGGCCUCGGGCGGCGCCAAACACCCCGUUCCUGCGCGGGUCCGCGACAAGCCGCGCGGUAGUGGAGGGGGAGGGCAUCGCGACGGUCGUGGCGCCGGGGAAGCGAAUCACCGUGCGAGCAGCGGUCGCUCUUCAAGCUCGGGCGCCGGCGGCGGGGGACGCGCCGGCAAGGCCUCCGGGGACCCGGGAGCCUCCGGAGCGUCACCCCGCGCGUCCCCGCUGCCGCCGCCGCCGCCACCACCAGGAGCCGAGUCCACAGGCCCCGGCUCGUCAGCGACCGCGCCCGAAUACAAGACGCUACUCAUCAGCAGCCUGAGCCCCGCGCUGCCCGCCGAGCACCUAGAGGACCGGCUCUUCCACCAGUUCAAGCGCUUCGGCGAGAUCAGCCUGCGCCUGUCGCAUACGCCGGAGCUGGGCCGCGUGGCUUACGUGAACUUUCGGCACCCUCAGGACGCCCGCGAGGCCCGCCAGCACGCCCUGGCCCGCCAGCUACUGCUCUACGACCGUCCGCUCAAGGUGGAGCCCGUGUACCUGCGAGGUGGUGGCGGUGGGAGCAGCCGGCGAAGCAGCAGUAGCAGCGCCGCCGCCUCUACACCACCUCCAGGACCACCCGCGCCCGCCGAUCCCCUUGGCUACCUGCCGCUACAUGGAGGUUACCAGUACAAGCAGCGUUCCUUGUCCCCUGUCGCCGCCCCACCACUACGGGAACCCAGAGCUCGUCAUGCCGCCGCUGCUGCCGCCGCCGCCGCCGCUGCCUUCGCCUUGGAUGCUGCUGCUGCCGCUGCCGUGGGCCUGUCCCGGGAGCGGGCCCUGGACUACUACGGGCUGUAUGACGACCGCGGUCGCCCUUACGGCUACCCGACAGUGUGCGAAGAGGACCUGAUGCCCGAGGACGACCAGCGGGCCACGCGCAACCUCUUCAUAGGAAACCUGGACCACAGCGUGUCAGAGGUGGAGCUGCGGCGCGCCUUUGAGAAAUACGGCAUCAUUGAAGAGGUGGUCAUCAAGAGGCCAGCCCGUGGCCAGGGUGGCGCCUAUGCCUUCCUUAAGUUCCAGAACCUGGACAUGGCUCACAGGGCCAAAAUGGCCAUGUUGGGCCGGGUUAUUAAGAUAGGAUAUGGCAACCUUAUUAAGAUAGGAUAUGGCAAGGCCAAACCUACCACUCGUCUCUGGGUGGGUGGCUUGGGUCCUAACACCUCACUGGCUGCACUGGCCCGAGAGUUUGACCGUUUUGGGAGCAUUAGAACCAUCGAUCAUGUCAAGGGAGACAGCUUUGCCUAUAUCCAGUAUGAGAGUUUGGAUGCAGCACAGGCAGCUUGUGCUAAAAUGAAGGGCUUUCCCUUGGGUGGUCCUUAUCGCAAGCUUUGUAUAGAUUUUGCCAAAGCAGAGGAGACUCGGUAUCCACAGCAGUACCAGCCCUCACCACUCCCCAUGCAUUAUGAGCUUCUCCCAGAUGGAUAUGCCCCAUACUGAAACCUAGAUCCUGACCUGAGGGUGCGGGAUAGGACCCCCCCACAUCUCCUGUACUCAGACCGAGACCGGACCUUUUUGGAAGGGGAUUGGACUAACCCCAGUAAGGGCUCUGACCGCCGAAACAAUCUGGAGGCCUACAGCCGUACUGUGCGCAGUCGAAGUGGAGAACGCUGGGGGGCAGACGGGGACCGUGGGGUGCCCAAGCCCUGGGAAGAGAGGCGCAAGCGCAGGAGCCUUUCCAGUGAACGUGGACGUACAACCCACUCCCCUUAUGAGGAACGGAGCAGAACCAAGGGUGGUGGGCAGCAGUUGGAGCGAGGUUCUGACCGUACCCCUGAGCGCAGCCGCAAGGAAAACCACUCCAGUGACGGGACCAAGGAAUCAGGCAGCAAUUCUCUCAGCAACAGCAGACAUGGGGCUGAGGAGCGGAGUCACCACCACCACCACGAGGCUCCAGACUCUUCCCACGGGAAGAAGACCAGAGACAGCGAGCGCAAUCAUCGGACCACUGAGGCUGAGCCUAAGCCGCUGGAAGAACCAAAACAUGAGACCAAAAAGCUAAAGAAUCUUUCAGAGUAUGCCCAGACACUACAGUUGGGUUGGAAUGGGCUUCUUGUUUUGAAAAACAGCUGCUUCUCAACAUCUAUGCACAUCCUAGAGGGGGACCAGGGAGUCAUCAGUGGUCUCCUCAAAGACCACACUUCCGGGAGUAAGCUGACCCAGUUGAAGAUUGCCCAGCGCCUUCGACUGGACCAGCCCAAGCUUGAUGAGGUUACUCGUCGAAUCAAGCAGGGGAGCCCCAAUGGCUAUGCGGUGCUCUUAGCCACCCAGGCAGUCCCCAGUGGGCCGGGCACUGAGGGGAUGCCCACGGUGGAGCCAGGCCUACAGAGGCGGCUUCUCAGGAACCUGGUAUCCUAUUUGAAACAGAAACAGGCCGCGGGGGUUAUCAGUCUGCCAGUGGGUGGGUCUAAGGGCAGAGACAGCACUGGCAUGCUCUAUGCCUUCCCGCCCUGCGACUUCUCAUAGCAGUACCUCCAGUCUGCACUGAGGACCCUGGGCAAGCUAGAAGAAGAGCACAUGGUGAUCGUGAUAGUAAGAGACACUGCCUAG